AUGACUCUCACAACAAACAAUUGGCCCCAAGUCCCCGGCGUCUCCAGUAGUGACGACGCCGAUGACAGUAGGCUGAAUCACUCUGGAGCAAGGGGCGCAUACAAUCCCCGGGUGAGGACUCCUAACUGUCGAACGACUUUGGCAAAUCAAAUGGACUCUGAUAAACUAAAAAUUUUAACAUUUAAUGUUAGAACUCUUGGCACCGAAGAAAGGCUUAUCGAAUUGGAACAUGCACUGUCACAUAUAAAAUGGGAUAUCAUAGGUCUUGCAGAGGUAAGAAGAGAAGGAGAAAAGAUCUUAGAGAGGGAAGACAGCAUAUUUUAUCACAUGGGUGAAAGCAGCAGUCAAUAUGGAGUAGGAUUCUUAAUACACAAAAAAUGGAAAAACAACAUCAUAGAGUUUAUAUCAUAUUCAGAUCGCAUAGCCUUACUUAAAUUUAAGAUAGAUCACACGAAGACCCUCACCAUCAUUCAAGUAUACGCACCAACAUCAACCCACACUGACGAUGAAAUUGAGGAGUUCUAUGACCUCCUCAACCGAGCAUGCGACGAACAUAGGGGAACUUGGAUGAUGGUUAUAGGGGAUUUUAAUGCAAAAAUCGGCUCAGCACUACCAUCGGAUAACUACAACAUUUUAGGACCACAUGGCAUAGGCCAUAGAAACGAUCGCGGCACGCGUCUAAUUCAGUUUGCAUCAAGUCAAAACUUAAACAUAAACAACACAUUUUUCUACAAAAAACCACACCGUCGCUGGACGUGGUUCUCCCCUGAUGGCCACACCAAAAAUGAAAUAGACUUUAGCCUCUCCUCCACAAAACAAAUAGUCACCAAUAUCGAAGUACUAAACAAUUUUAAAUUCAGCUCUGAUCAUCGCCCUCUCAGGAUUACACUCUCAUUUAACGCGAAAAUACGAAGGAUACGCAUGAUACAAAAUUCUAUAAAAAGAAUAGAUAAAUCGACAUUGAUAGCUAAUAAAGAAUACUUCCUAUUGGAGCUGAAAAACAGUUUUCAAACACUUCAUUUAGACACAGAAGAUGUAGAAACACAAUACAGAAAUAUAUCAAAAUGUAUACAAGCAGCGAGUCGAAACAUUAAAACAGCAAGAACUAAAACGAAGAAAUUAAGUCCAUCUACCAUAAAACUAAUAGAAGAACGACAGAAACUUAACAUUCACACACCAGAAUACAAGUCUAAAGAUAAAGAAGUUAAACGAAAAAUACGUACAGAUAUCCGAAAUUAUAAUACUCAGGGAGUCAAACAAGGUGACCCGCUAUCUCCGAAACUCUUCACCGCAACUCUUGAAGAGGUAUUCAAAAAACUUGCAGCGUGCUGGAGUACGAGGGGCGUGGUCGUCGGGGAGAAGAGGCUAACAAACCUCCGUUUCGCAGACGACAUAGUACUCUUCUCUUCUUCAGCGUCUGAGCUAGGCGGCAUGAUCAACGAACUCAGCAGGGCGAGCCUUGAGGUUGGACUGAAGAUGAACAUGUCGAAGACCAAACUAAUGACCAACAGUAUCAAAUAUAGGUUAGAAGUAGAUGGCGCAGAAAUGGAAUACGUCCAUGAAUACAUCUAUCUGGGCCAACUAGUCUCUUUCCAGGCGAGACAAGAAAGAGAAGUUGCUAGACGCACCGAAAACGCCUGGAAAAGCUAUUGGUCCAUGAGGGACCUAAUGAAAGGAAACCUCCCAUUGGCAUUAAAAAGGAAGCUCAUGGACGUGUGUAUUCUGCCCAUCCUAACCUAUGGCGCUCAACCUGGUCUUUGA